CCACUCGGUUGUGCCAUACCAGCCUGAAGCCCUGAAUAUAUAUGAAUCGUGUUGGGCUGCGGGCAGGGCUCUGUCGGCACACAAGCCGUAGGCGGCACAGCCACUCGGUUGUGCCAUGCCAGCCCGACCCCCGGACCUAAAACCCCAACACGGUCUGUAUGCCGUGGGUGGCACGACCGGAUAUGCACCUCUACUUCUCCCCUUCUUCUUGAUUUCUCCUGUUUCUUCUCCCCCCGGACCACCUCUCCGUCAGGCCCCUGUUCAUCGUCUCUAUCGAGGAGAGCAGGGGAGUUGCAGCGGCAGAACCCUCCCCUUAUCCCCACUCGAUUCGGGCCAAAAUCCAAUUGUUUUCGGGUCUGUUAUUGUUCCCUCAGUCCUUUCCCCCACUAUCUCGUUGCUUUUCCACCACUUGGGUCGUUGGCCGAAUCCCCUACAUCCUGUAAACUCGCCGUUCGUACUGAAGAAGCUACCGCAGCGGUGAUCGGCGAUUUCCAUCAUUUCACUUCCAUCGAUCUGCAUAUAACCAUCCGCGAAGGUCAUCGUUGUUCAAGGGUGAAGAAGCCGUAGCCGAAGCAGAUUAAACCUCCUCCCGUUUCAUUGUUCAUAUGAAGGUCGAAAUCAAUCCGAGUCUGAGGUCGAAUGUUGUACACUUGUACUCGAAUUGGCCCUGAUCUUCAGAAUUCGAUAAACGUCAUCCAUUCAAAGUCUGCGUGCAAGCUUACCAUUCCAGUUCGAUCCAGAUUUCCAAACCAAGAAAGGUCUUCUCGACCGUAGGAAUCAAACCCAACCCGAGGCCAUCGAGCUUGUAUCAGCAUCGAUCCCCAUCUUAGGCCACAUCCAUCGAAGGAAUUUGGUUUAUGAUAGAGAGUACUAAAGUUGUCAGCGUGCACUUUCUUCAAUCCUGUGAUACUGGCGCGUUUUCGCAACAUGGGUAUCAAUUGAUUCUCCAAAUCUCCGGUUAGCACAACACAAUACCAAUCUUCGCAUCCAUUAAUGACAGAGCGGCAGAGAUUAGCAAAGCUCCUUAGAGACUGUUCAAAGUAUUCAUUACUCAACCGGGGCCUACAGACACAUGUAACAACAGUGAAGAUGGGACUUGGAUUGGACUUGAUAAUAAACAAUAGCCUUGUAGAUAUGUAUGGAAAGUGCAAUAGGCUAGACAUGGCUUCACUUGUAUUCGAUAAAAUGCCUGAACGAAAUGUGAUCUCAUGGACAACUCUCAUGGGUGGGUACUUGUGUCAGGGUAAUGCCAAAGCAACAUUGUCACUCUUCUGUCAAAUGGGGAGCUCAGAAGUUAAACCGAAUGACUUCACAUUCUCAACUAGCUUAAAAGCUUGUGGUUUUAUAGGUAUUGCUGAGAAUGGAAUGCAAAUACAUGUUCUCUGUAUUAAAACUGGCUUUGAAUGGAACCUGGUUGUGGCCAAUUCAAUCAUUGAUAUGUACUCCAAAUGUGGGAAAAUUGUGGAAUCAACUAGGAUGUUUGAUAUAAUGCCAACUAGGAAUCUCAUUAGUUGGAAUUCGAUGAUUGCUGGGUACACCAAUGCAAGACAAAGCAGCAAGUCACUACAUUUGUUCAAAAGAAUGCAAGAACAUGGAGAAAUACCUGAUGAAUUUACAUAUUCCAGUGUUUUAAAAUCUUGUGCUGGUCUUGGAGCAGUUCAGGAAGGGCGCCAAAUACAUGCUUCUUUGAUCACAAGAGGGUUUCCUAUUUUGAUUCAGACAAUCAUGGCAAGCGCACUUGUAGAACUCUAUAUAAAGUGUAGGUGGUUGCCUGAAGCAAGGAAGUUGUUUGAUCGGAUAGAAGAUAAGAAUGUGAUUUCUUGGACGGCAAUAAUUGCAGGCUAUGCUCAAGAAGGCAAGCUACAAGAGACUAUUGACUUGUUUAGGCAGUUUAGGAAGACAGGCAUUCAACUUGAUGGGUUUGUUCUCUCGAGCAUGAUGGGUGUCUUGGCCGAUUUUGCCCUUGUGGAGCAAGGGAAACAAAUACAUUCUUACAUGGUAAAAGUUCCAUACGGUUUAGAUAUCUCAGCAGCCAAUUCAGUUGUGGAUAUGUAUAUCAAGUGUGGUUUAACGGUAGAAGCAGAGAAGUGUUUCAAUGAGAUACUUGCUAGAAAUGUAGUCUCCUGGACUGUGAUGAUCAGUGGAUACGGAAAGCAUGGUUAUGGCAAAGAUGCAAUACGUCUCUUUGAAGAAAUGCAAUUGGAGAACAUCAAGCCCGAUGAGGUGAGUUAUUUGGCUGUGCUCUCAGCCUGCAGCCAUGCUGGUCUCAUUGAAGAAGGUAACAAAUACUUCUCAACAUUGUGCAAAGACCAAAGUAUUACUCCUAAAGUAGAACAUUAUGCUUGCAUGGUUGAUCUCCUUGGCCGAGCUGGGCAUUUAAAAGAAGCCAAGGAUCUCAUAGAGAACAUGCCACUAGAACCAAGUGUAGGCAUUUGGCAGACAUUGCUAAGCGCAUGUAGGGUACAUAGAGACUUGGAAUUUGGCAGAGAAGUUGGAGAAAUCCUAUUGAGGUUGGAUGGUGAUAACCCAGUAAAUUACGUGAUGAUGUCUAACAUCUAUGCUGAAGCUGGUGAAUGGGGGGAGUGUCAGAAAGUGAGGGAGGCAAUGAAGGAGAAAGGGCUGAAGAAAGAAGCUGGGUGUAGUUGGAUUGAUAUUGACAAGGAGGUGCACUUUUUCUAUGGAGGAGACGACACACACCCACUUAUAGAGAGAAUUCACGAGGUAUUGAAGGUGAUGGAGAGGAGAAUAAAAGAAGAGACAGGUUAUGCACAUGGGGUGAAGUUUGCACUACAUGAUGUAGAAGAGGAGUCGAAGGAGGAGAGUUUGAGAGUUCAUAGUGAGAAGUUGGCAAUUGGGUUAGCAUUAGUGCAUGGUGGGUUGGAUAGAGGAGUUGUAAGCGUCUUCAAGAACCUGAGGGUUUGUGGGGAUUGUCAUGAAUUCUUUAAGGGUCUUUCAAAGGUAUUAAAGAGGGUGUUUGUGGUGAGAGAUGCUAAUAGGUUUCAUAGAUUUGAGGAUGGCGAGUGCUCCUGUGGUGAUUAUUGGUGACAGUCGUGGGGUUUUAAUGUAGCAACAACUGUAUGACCAGUGAUGCUUUGGUUUGCCAUUUUCCUCGAUUUUGAUCUUAUUUGCCCGCAACUUUGAAUGCUUGUAGAAAGGACAAACAGCAAAAUUUCACAUUAGAACUUAGAGAGCUGAGUACGAAGCAAGCAAAUAAAUGGUAAUGUAGUUUUAUACUUUUAUUUGGACCA